GGUUCAGCUUGCCUGAUUGGGAAAAAUGGCUGCAUUCUUACAGUGGCGAAGAUUCGUGUUUUUCGAUAAGGAGACAGUGAAGGAUCCAGCAGACAAUGGGAAAAACUUUGUCGUCCCCGUGGGCAUAUCGGCCUGCGAUUCGGGUCGGGGUCAUAUCGUACUGGGAGAUAUGGAAGGUCAGAUAUGGUUCCUGACCCGCUCUCUGCAGUUGACUUCCUUUCAGGCCUACAAACUACGGGUCACACACCUCUACCAGCUGAAGCAACACAGCAUUCUGGUAUCCGUAGGUCAGGAUGAGCAGGGAAUUAAUCCACUGGUCAAGGUGUGGAACCUGGACAAGCGGGACAGUGGGAAUCCUCUUUGCACUAGGAUCUUCCCUGCCAUCCCGGGAAACAAGCCCACAGAGGUGUCUUGCCUCAGUGUGCACGAGAACCUCAAUUUCAUGGCCAUCGGGUUUACAGAUGGAAGUGUGGUACUGACCAAGGGUGACAUCACCAGAGACAGGCACAGUAAAACCCUCACUCUGCACGAGGGCACUGCACGAGGCAAGCUCACUCACCUCUUUGUCACCACCUUGGAGAAAGUGCAGUGCUACACCCUAUCGGUGAAGGAGUACCCUCGGCUGGAGCUGGACACGCACGGCUGCGGCCUGCGCUGCUCGGCGCUCAUGGACCCUUCCCAGGAUUCCCAGUUCAUCGUUGCGGGAGACGACUGCGUGUACCUGUACCAGCCUGACAAGCGCGGGUCCUGCUUUGCCUUCGAAGGCCGCAAGCUUCUGGCACACUGGCACCGGGGCUAUCUUCUCUUGCUCACGCGUGACACAAAGUCGCCCAACAAGUCUGACUUUCGCAGUGGAGAGGCCUCUCCCUCAGAACGCCAGAUCCUGACCAUCUAUGACCUGGACAACAAGUUCAUCGCCUACAGCGCCGCGUUCGACGACAUCAUCGACGUGCUGGCUGAGUGGGGUUCCUUCUACAUCCUGACGCGUGACGGAAAGAUGUCCGUGCUGCAGGAGAAGGACAUGCAGACCAAGCUGGAGAUGCUCUUCAAGAAGAAUUUUCUCGUGAUGGCCAUCAAUUUGGCCAAGAGCCAGCACCUUGACAGUGAUGGGCUGUCCGAGAUCUUCCGCCAGUACAUUCGAGGCACCCAAUGUGAGAACUACCAGGAGGCCCUGAGGUACAUUAGCCGGCUGCCCUUUGAACAGGCGGAAAGCAACAUGAAGCGUUAUGGCAAGACCCUGAUGCACCACGUUCCCGACGGCACCACACUUCUGCUGAAAGCCCUGUGUACGGACUACCAGCCAAGUCGCGACUCCACCGACCGGGACAGCCUGGACAAGGGAACCACAAACAAGGCCAAUUCAGAGGAGUUCAUCCCCAUCUUUGCCAACAACCCCCGUGAGCUACGGGCCUUCCUGGAGCACAUGAUCCAGGUGGAGCCCAUGUCCCCAGCGGGCGUGUACGACACCCUUCUGGAGCUUCGGCUGCAAGACUGGGCACACGAGCAGGACUCUGAGAAGAAGAAGAUUCUUCAGGAGGCGGCGUUGUUUCUGUUGACGAGGGACAAUACGGUCUUUGACAAGGCACUCGUUCUGUGCCAGAUGCACAACUUUAAGGAGGGGGUGCUGUACCUGUAUGAGAAGGGAAAGCUGUAUCAGCAGAUAAUGCACUACCACAUGCAGAACGAGGAGUACGGGAAGGUAGUGGAGGCCUGCAAGCGCUAUGGAAACCAGGAGGCGUGCCUGUGGGAACAAGCCCUGGGGUACUUCGCCCGUAAAGAAGAGGACUGCAAGGCCUACAUCAGUGAGGUGCUGGAGCACAUCGACCAGAACAACUUGAUGCCUCCUCUGUUAGUGGUGCAGACGCUGGCUCACAACUCGACGGCAACGCUGUCGGUCAUCAAGGACUACCUCAUCAACAAGCUGCAAAGGGAGAGCCAGCAGAUCGACGAUGACGAGCGCAAGAUCCGGCAGUACCGAGAGGAGACAGCCCAGCUCCGCUCGGAAAUCCAGGAGCUCCGGACCAGUGCUAAGAUUUUCCAGAAGACCAAGUGCAGCAUGUGCAACAGCCCCUUGGAGCUGCCGUCGGUGCACUUCCUGUGCAGUCACUCCUUCCAUCAGCACUGCUUCGAGAGCUACGCCGAGAGCGACGCCGAGAGCCCCACCUGCACCCCCGAGAACCGCAAGGUCAUGGACAUGCUCUGCGCCCAGGACCAGAAACGCGACCUGCACGACCACUUCACCCGACAGCUGCGGUGCUCCAAUGACGGCUUCUCGGUGGUAGCCGACUAUUUCGGCCGAGGGGUUUUCAACAAACUGACCCUGAUCACCGACCCCCCUGGGGGCACGACCGGGGCGGGGAUCCUGGAGGCGGACCUGCAGAGAGACCUGCUGAUCCACACAAAGAGAAACGCCUGAGAAACCCGUCAGAUGCACCGCCUGCGCUGCAUCUCCUCACUGUGCAACACCCAAUCAGUGUGUCCUUCAGUGAGCUUCACAUUACAGCCAAUAACAACUCGAGAUUAGCUUGGGCAAACAUACCCAGUGAAAGAGCCUGGCUCACUGUGAGCCUGCCCUGCAGAUCUGAACGAAAUGUUGACUUGCCUAGAGGAGACACCUGGGAAGAUGGCUGUUUUACAAUUAAAUUUAAUGAAAAGUGGUUGCCGGAGGAAAAGACCACUAUUGCACAAGCCCUUGUGUUCUGCAAGCAUGCGCUGUUAUAGUACCGUGUGCAGUUGUGCUGUCCGCUUCUUUACAAGGCAGUGGGAUUUUUGGGAAGGGUUGCAGAACUGUGAGCUUAACAUAUUAAUGUAUAUAAAACACCUUUGAGCUGUGACCUAAAGCUUAAAAGAAAAAUGUCUUAAACACAAUGUAGUAUUUAUAGGUUUGUCAUAUUUCUGCUAGACUAACUUAGUUUAUAUCUCUUUAAGGACGUAUAUACAGUGUUGUAUAUACAGAGUUACUCAAAUGAGUGGCACUUCAGACAAUGAUGAAGAAUUACCAAUUUUGUAUCCGGUUGCUUUGCAUAAUUCUGAAAAAAAUGCAGUCUGUAUCUUUAUGUAUGGAAAAGACCAGCUUGAGUGUUUCUGAGAUACAAUAUUUAAGUAAAUAGACUGCAUGAAACUGGUUAAAUCAGUAAACAAAAGAGAAGCACUAUGUUUCAGUAGUUUUAUCACUAAAGGUGCAAUGUAAAGGAGCAAGUAAUUUACAAAAUAUUUCCUCUGGUUGUGUUUUCAGUAAUAACAAACUGAUUACUGUGUUGCCAUCUCCAAGCACCGGAUUGGAAUUGGCCACAUUUGCAAUGAAUUUGUUAAACCCAGUCGUGUUGUGAACAGGCUUUUACGUGUACAUGAGUUGAGAUGAAGUUACUGUCUUACUAAAACAACUGUUUGCUCUGUGGCCACAUGGUUAAUACUACACUUGUAAGAAAUUGAAUGUGAAAGGAGAAAGUUAAAUGUCUUAUUAAAUUCUCUUGACAGUG